AUGAAAUGGAAUAGUGAUGAUCGAAUUUCGAAAUUGCCAGAGCCAAUUUUGCAUCACAUCCUGUCUUUCCUACAUGCUAAAGAUGCAGCACGAAUGAGUACAUUGUCCAAGGUUUUGGAUAGUGCUUGGAAUUCACUCCCCUACUUAGAUUUUGGUGAUAUUUUCUGGUGGUCAAAAGAUCUGAAUGUUGUAAUGGAUCAAACUCUAGCGAGUAGGAAAAAGCACAAGAUCUCCAUGCAGAGGUUCUCUCUAUGGUUACUCUAUUAUGCUUGUCUUUCUUAUGACGACAGAUGGAUUAAGAUACUCAUAGCUUCUUGCCCGUGGCAAUCUUUGCUGCCAAGUCUAAAUGUGCUGAGUUUGCAUGGAUUUAAUAUUGAAUUGCCCGCUGAUGAUGGUACGAUAAAUUUAUCAUCUUUGCGAGAAUUGCACCUCUCUUUUGUGUUUUUGGGUGAGCAAUUUAUUCAGGCUAUGUGCACAAGCUGCUGCAAUUUAGAGCAUCUGUCUUUGCAGUAUUUCAACGGACUCACCAGCUUUCAAGUUGGUGAUACUUUACCUAAGCUGAAAAAGAUUGACUUGGUAAACUUGGAACCUCCUGAUUCAUUCCUCCAAUUGGUUGAUAUUGCAGCAAUUAAUCUCGAAAAGCUUAGCAUCAGCAACAAAUUUUAUGGGAAUAUAAAUGUUGUAAGAAUAACUGCUUGCAAAGCCCUCAAGAAUUUGUACCUCAUUGUGUGGAUAUCACUGACAAUUUGUUAG